AGGAGCAGCCUCUUGCAGGACCGAGCUGCGGGGCUCGGAGACUCGUUGAGAUGGGGGCCGGCUAAAGAGGCGUUGUUGUAGGAGCGGGGCGUUUACAAUCAGCACAUUGAAAAAUCAUCAUCAUCAUCAUAAUAAUAUUAAUACCAAUAGGCAUAGAAAACAAAGUCACAUUUACUGAUUUAAUUGUGUUGCAUUCAGUUGCAUCCAGGGAAGCACCUCCAACCAUGAGGCCAGACCGCAGGAGCCGCGCCCGGCCGGGCCCCGAGGACCCCCGCCCGCCGACCCCCGCCGGGGGCUGCCGCCGCUGACCUCUCCGCUCCCGAGGACCGAGAGCGCUCCGGCCCUCCUCCGCGUCCGGCCCCGCGUCGCUCGGAUCGGGGGCUCCCCGCCCCGGGCCCCUGGAGGAGGGUCGUCGGCGUCGGCCGGGGUGGCCGUGGUGGUGGUGGUGGUGGCCGUGGUGGUCAGCGGGCUGGGCCGCGGGGGCGAUGGACGGCCGGGACUUGGCGCCGCAUCUGCUGUCGGAGCGGGGCAGCCUGGGCCACCGGGGUCCAGCGGCGGCCGCCGCCGCCGCCCGCCUCGCCCCGGCCGGCCCCCCCGGAGGACCCCCCGGAGGACCCCCCGGACCCGCCGCCGCCACCGCCGGUCAGCCCCCCGGACCCUUCCCGCCCGGAAAGUUCUUUCCCUCGUCGCUCCCCAUGGCCACGCACGCAGCCGGUAGCCACCUGAUGGGCAGCACCCCCGCGGCCACCUCCUUCAUGGGCAGCUUCCUGUCCGGCAGCCUGGGCACCGCCGCGCCCGUGCAUCCCACGGGCGCCGCCGCCUCCUCGUCCGAGCCCGGCUUCCGUGGCUCUCACUCGGGCACGCCGCAGAUCUGGUUCUCCCACCCCCACGAAGCUCCGGGGUACCCCAGGUUUUCGGGGAGCCUGACGUCCACUUUCCUACCUAUGAGCCACUUGGAUCACCAUGGAAACGGCAACGUUCUCUAUGGGCAGCACCGCUUCUACGAAUCCCAGAAAGAUAACUUCUAUCUGCACAACCUGCCGGCCCAGCCCACCCUCCUGACCGCCAACCCCAACUUCGCCGGCCUGGCCCGGGGCGGCCCCCUCGGCUCCUGUAGCCGGGAGCGGGAGGCCGGCCGCCUCCCGGACGGCUCCAAGGAGUUGGAGCGCUUCCCGCCGCCCAGGGAGAAGCUGGGCAAGGCGGAGGGCAAGGAGCGGGCCGAGGACGAGGCGGCGGGCAAGGAGCGCCAGAAGCUGGUGCCGCCCCUGGCCCCCGACGCCCACUGCAAGGAGGGCCCCCCUCCGAGGCCGGCCUGCCAGAGCCGGCCCAGGCAGCUCAACUCCUGCCUCCUCCUCGGCUCCAAGAUGCUCAACGGGGAGCCGGGCAAAGCGGGGUUCGCCAGCUGCUCCGGGGCCCCCCCGCCCCGCCCCGGCUGCUCCAAGGAGCGGGCCGAGCCGGCCCAGCCCUACGGCGAGUACCUGGAGCGACGUCAGAUGCUCCACCACUCCGUCUCCUACGCCGUGGCCCCCGCGCCCGCCCCGCCCCCGCUGGGCCCGGGACCCUUCCCCUGCCUGCAGCUCCACGCGGCCCCCGGCGGGCGCGAGGCGAAGGCGGCCGCCCCGGCCUUCGGGCACCCGAGCGACAAGGCCCGGGCCGCCCAGCCGGCCGGCGAGCCGGGCCCGCCGGGAGAGCGCAAGGAGAGGGCCCCCGAGGCGGGCCCGGACCCCCUGGGGGGCUACGGGCCCCCCGCCUACCCCCACCCCAAGGCGGAAGGGAAGGAGCGGCGGCUGGGCCUGGAGGCCGCCCUGAACGCGCGCCUCAAGGGGCUGGAUUACUUCAACGGCGCCGAGGGCCCCUUCUCCGGCCUGCCCCCCGCCAAGCCCGGCCCGGACAAGGGCGGCUACUUCGACCUCCCCCCGCCCCCUCCCCCCGCCCCCCAGGAUUGCUCCCGCCCCCACCCCCAGGACCCCCCGGGGGUGAAGAUCAGCCCCUCCUGCUGCACUUUAGACAAGGGCCCGAGCCUCGGCUCCCAGAAGGUGGCCCGCAUCCGGCACCAGCAGGCCCCGGCCCCCGAGCCGGACCAGGCCGAGGCCAAGAGGAAGGCCGCCGAGCUGGCGGGCUCCCUGGGCUACGGCGGGCCCCACCUGCCCCCCUGGACGGUCCAGGGGGGCCAGGGCCCCCCGCCGCCCCUCGGCGAGGACCGCCCGGGCCCCUACCUGGACCCCUUCGGCGGCGGCGGCUUGAAGCCGGCCCCCCUGAUGAGCCAGGACCUGCCGGCCGGGCCCGGCGAGGUGUCCGCCAUGAAGAGCCUCCUCAAGUACAGCAACCAAGCGCUCAUCGUGGGCCAGAAGACCCCCUUCGUGGGCCUGGGCCACCUCAAGCCCGGCUGCGGCCAGCAGGACGUCAAGUUCCCGGGGGCCAAGGGGCCGGCGGAGGCGGAGCGCCCCGACUGCGCCCGCAGCCGGGACCACGAGGGCCCCCACGGGGACGGGGAGGUCCGCCAGCCGCCCGUGGGCAUCGCCGUGGCCGUGGCCAGGCAGAAGGAGAGCCACGGGCGGACCGAGCCGGUCUACCGGGCCGGGACCGGCCGACAGACCCGGGCGGCCCCCGGCCUCAAAGCCGGCUGCUCCCGGGUCCUGCACGUCAUCGACCUGGAGGCCGAAGAGGAGAGGAAUCAUCUCUGUGACGAGAGGUUGGGCCUCGCGGGACGAGAGCUGCUUCUCCAGGACAACAAAGACCUGGUGGAGUUUUCACGCCUCCACCCGGCAAGCAGCUGCCCCGGAGACCUGACCUCCCACCUCAUGAUCGCCGGGGGCGCGACCCUGCAGACCGGCCAGCUGGGCGGGGGAGACCCCGCCGCCCACGCCCACCCGGCCCACCCGCCCUGGCUCUCUCGCACUCGCAGCCCUUCCAUCUGGAUGGGGGGACAUUCGUAUGGGAUCGGCCACUCAGCCUUGCACCAGAACCUGCCACCGGGCUUCCCGGCCGCAAUGUCCAAUAGCCUGCAGCCUGUGUUCCCCCUUUCCCAGGAUCCCCCCGCUCAGCUGGUUAUCCUGCCUAAUGAGCCGGCUCCCCACACCACCCCGCACCCACUCGCUGACGUGAUGGAGCAGGCGUCCCUGUGGCCACCCAUGUACCCCGGGCGAGCCCCCGCCUCGCACCUGCAGCCCGUCUACUCCCGCUCCCAGUUUCUCCGGCAACAGGAGCUGCUGGUAUUGCAGCAGCAGCAGCGAGCGGCCCGCGAGUUACAGCGACAGUGCCAGCUGCAGCGGAAGCCCGAGGAUCACCAGGCGGAGUUUGACGAACCGCUCCUGGAGAAGGCCCUGAGGCCCUCUCACAAACCAGUUGCCUUAACCCCCUCGACCAAGGGCACCGCCUCGCCCGCCGCCCAGUGCCCCGCCAAACUGUCGCCCUGCUGCCUCUCCCCGGGCCUGCGGCACCCCCCGAAAUGCCCCCCGCCCCGCCCCGCCGCCCCGUGCACUUUACCCACGUGCCCCGCCAGCAGCCCGGCUGUGGCCCCCCGCUCCCCCGCCGCCAGCCCCGGCCCCAGCUCCAAGGGAAGCCAGGCCGAAGACGAGACGGGCCAGGGGCCCCCCAAGGACUACCCCAAACCGCUCGAACCAGAUCUGCCGUCCGGGUACACCUACCCCGCGGUCGGCAUGGGCUGCCCUCCUCCCCUCCCCCCCGACCUUCACUCAGCCGACCCCGCGGACCCCCAAAGUAUGCAACCCGCCUCCGCGGGCACCGACCCCGAGCAGUCGCGGACGUUCCCGGCGGCCGAGCGGCCCCCCGGCCCGUCCGUCGCCCCGGCGGACGCCGGCCCGGCCGGGGGCCGGGUCCCCGAGGCCGGGGGGCCGAAGCCUCCGCCGGCCCCUCACCACCGCCUCCGCCACCCCCCGCACCGCCACCCCCUCCUCCUCCCCCACCCGAGGCCGCUCGGUUCCCCGGGGGAGCCGAAGGAGGCCCGCUACGGCUCGCUCCUGGACCCCGGAGGCCCGGAGGCCGAGAAUCGUCGGGAUUCUCCUCGGGGAGGGGAGCGGACGGAGGCGGGGGACGGCGGGGAGCCGGUGGAGGAGCCGGAGGAGGAGGAGAAGGGGCGGGCCGAGCCGGGCCCGGAGGGGAAGGGGCUCUCGGCCCCGGCCUCCCCCAAAGCCCCCGAGCCCGGGGUGCCGGGCCUCGCGGAAGAGGACGGUGACGGGGCCGAGCCGGAAGAGGAGGAGGAGGAAGAGGAGGAGGAGGAGGAGGAAGAAGGCUGGGACGACGCGCAGGAAGAAGCUCCCGGAGCCAAAGCGUGGCCCGGGUUGGACGCCCUGGUGGCCGCCGGCAUCGACCUGGGCGAUCUGCCCGCCCUCGGCCCGGCCCCGGCCGGUCCCCCCGCCCCUCCGGCCUGGCACCGGACCUCAGGGAUGCCCGGGAUCGCCCUGCUCAGCGAACUGGCCGACCUGGAGUUCCAGCGGCAGAGGUGCGAGGAAGCCAAAGAAGUUGAGGAAGAGGACUUGAUGACGUUCAACCUCCAGCACCUGGCCACCAUCGCCGCCGCCUGGUCCCUGGCCGAGGCCGCCAGCCGAGGGGGCGACCCCCCGGGGGGGGCCGGGGCCGGUCCCCCCCCCGCCGGACCCCGCUGCUCCACCCCCAGCCCCCGGGUCCAGAUCCUGCUCCGCAAGGGCGCCUGGACCCCCAAGAUCAAGCCCGUCUGCCCCCUGAAGUCGGCCAUCGACCAGCUGGACACGGAAGAGGUGGAGAUGCGCGUGAGGUUGGCUGCCCUGCAGAGGUGCUACAAGGAGAAGCAGCGGGAAUUGGCCAAACUGCAGCGGCGCCACGACCACGAGCGAGAAGAGAGUUCGAGGAGCCCAGCCCGUCGCGGGCCGGGACGCCCCCGGAAGCGGAAGCACUCCAGCACGCCCCCCGCCCUCCGCCACGCCGGCCAGCCCCCCAAGUGCGACGCCAAGGCCGUCAGAUCCGUCAAGGCCAGCCUGACCCUCCUGUGCGCGGAGCUGCAGAGUGAAGGAGAGCCCAGGAAGACCCGGAAGUUGGACAAGGGGGUCUACGGUGGGAUCAAGAACUCUCAGGAGAAGAUGCGCUGUAAGCCAAGCGGCUCCCAGAGGAAGCUGGCCUGCAAGGUGGCCCACAAGGUGUCCCAGCUGAAGCAGAAGGUCAAGGGCAAAGUACUGCCCGGCGGGCUGAGCCCCUUCCACCGGAAAGAAGCCAACCCCGGCAGCCAGAUCCAGAAGUUAUCUCGGGCCAAGAGCGCCAAGGCGGCGGCUAAAUACCCGGCACUGGACGGAGACGGCAAGGACACCACAGAGUUCCAGGCCAAACCCACAGCGGGCGGAGCGGAAGCCGGCAGCGACCGGGCUGGGGAGGAGGAGGACAGCGAAGACAGCGAGGGUCUCCUCGGCAAGAAGCCCCCGCCGAAGGACCCCGGGCCCCUCCUCCACCCGGGCCCCAACGCCGCCAAGCUGGGACCCUCCCCGUCCUCAGUGGUCAAGAUGGAAGCCAACCAGAAGGCCAAGAAGAAGAAGGAGAGGCAGGGCUUGCUAGGCUCGUGCCGGAUCUCCAGCCCCGAGGGGGAGGUCAAGAUCAAGAGACGUCCGGCCAGGCCCGGGGUGGAGGCGGGGCGUUUGGAACAGGCCGCCCUGCUCAGGCGCCCGGGGGUCUGCGAAGGGAAAAAGAAGCUGAAGGGGAAGACGAGGUGCGGCCUACAGCAGCCCCUGGGCCCCGAGUCCGGCCCGGCCGGGGGUCACCCCCUCCUCGGCCAGGCCCGAGCCUUUACCUCACGGGAGGAGAGCGGGAAGAUGGCCAGCGAGCGCCUGAAGAAAGCCACCAGGAAAAGCAAAGUCCUGCAGUCCGCCUUGAGGCGGAAGAACGGGGCUCUCUCCAUCACCCUGUCGCCCCGAAAUGCCAAGAGCAUCCUGGGAAAGGGGAAGAAGCUGGCCAAAGUGAAGGGCAAAGCCGUCAGCAAGCAGGGCAAAGGUCGUGCGGUGAGCCGGCUGCUGGAGAGCUUCGCCGUGGAGGACGAUUUCGAGUUCGAUGACAACAGCAGCUUCUCGGAGGAGGAGGAAGCCAGCGGGGAACAGGCCUCAGUCCACGCUCAGUCGUGCACCAUCCACAAGGAAGACCUGCAGGAUGGUUUGCACGUCCUCAUUCCAAAGGAAGAUUGCCUUCUCUACGCCGGCAGCGUCAAGGCCCUGCAGCCUCCCGACAUCUACACCAUCGUCAUCGAGGGGGAGAGAGGACAUUGGCAGAAAACCUACUCCCUGGAGCAGCUGCUGCAGGAAGCGGUCCUUGACAUCAGACCCCAGUCGAGCCGCUUCCUCCCCCCCGGAACUCGAGUCUGUGCCUACUGGAGUCAGAAGUCCUGCUGCCUCUACCCCGGCAACGUCGUCAGAGGUGCUUCCGGCAGCGAAGACGACCUGGAUUCGGUGGUCAUUGAGUUUGACGACGGAGACACGGGGCACAUCUCCGUUUCUGAUAUCCGCCUGCUGCCUCCGGACUUCAAGAUCCCGUGCAUGGACCCCUCCCCGGCCCUGCUGAUUUCCGGCAGUUGCCGUAGAAACAAGAGGCCCCCCAGCGACGCCCCUCCCCCCGGCGAGGCGGCCCCCCGGUUGUCCCCCGAGAUCCGGGACGGGCCCGAGCCCCCCAAGAACUUGGGGAAGAAGCCCAUCGCCAAGGAGAAAGCUGGCAAAGCGGAGGCGCUGACCUCGGGCGCCAAGACGCCGGGGGCCGUGGUGACGAAUCACUUCCUGGGGCGGCGGGGCGGCCCCCUGCUCAGCUGGUCGGCCGUGGCCCAGACCAAGCGGAAAGCGGCCGCCAAGGGCACGGGCCUCCUGCAGAACGUCUUCCAGCUCAACGGCAGCUCCAAGAAGCUCCGGGCCCGGGAGCCCCUCUUCCCCGUCCACCCCCUGCCCGCCCCCGUCUUCGGCAACGGCUUCGGCGCCGACUCCUUCAGCAGCCUGGCCAGCUCCUACGCCCCCUUCGCGGGCGGCACGGGGCUGGCGCUCCCCGGCGGCGCCCACAGGCUCCUCAGGGCCAAGAAGGAGGCGGAGAAGGCCGGGAGGCGGAAGGCGGGGGUGGCCGGGGGGGAGUUCCUGGUCAAACUGGACCACGAAGGGGUCACCUCGCCCAAGAACAAGAACUGCAAGGCCCUGCUCAUGAGCGACAGGGACUUCGGGCCCAAGCUGGGCCGCCCCUCGGCCGCCCCCGGCUACCCCCACCCGGGCCUGGUGGGCAAGGAGAAGAAGGGCCGGCCCCCGGUCCACCCGAUGCCCAUGGGGCUGGCCCUGAGGAAGUUCGCCGGCCACGACUACGCCCUGCACUGCGACAGCGACUGCCACAGCUCCUACUCGGACGAGGACGGGGACCAGCUGGCCGCCAACGGGCCCUCCCGCUUCCUCGGCCACCUGUCCGGCUCCUCCUCCUCGUCCGUGUCCUCCUCGUCCUCCUCGUCCGGCUCCGUGUCCACCUCCAGCCUCUGCUCGUCGGACAACGAGGACUCGUCCUACAGCUCGGAGGACGAGGCCUCCGCCCUCCUGCUCCAGACCUGCCUCACCCACCCGGUGCCCGCCCUGCUGGCCGGCCCCGAGGCCCUGAGGGCCAAAGGGGGCCCGGGGCGCUGCUUCCUGGCCAAGGCGGCCGCGGCCGACGGCAAGGGCAAACUGAAGCGCAAGGAGCCCCUGAGCUUCUCCAAAGCCAAAGAGCUUUCCCGACGGCAGCGGCUGCCCUCCGUGGAAAAUCGGCCAAAGAUCUCCCCCUUCCUGCCGGCCCAGCAGCUGUGGAAGUGGCUGGGCAACCCUACUCAGAGGCGGGGCGUCAAGGGGAAGGCCAGGAAGCUGUUCUAUAAGGCCAUCGUGCGCGGGAAGGAGACGCUUCACGUUGGAGAGUGCGCCGUCUUCCUGUCGGCCGGAAGGCCCAACCUGCCCUACAUCGGCCGCAUCGAGAGCAUGUGGGAAUCCUGGGGGAGCAAUAUGGUGGUCAAGGUCAAGUGGUUCUAUCACCCCGAGGAGACCAGGCUGGGGAAACGGCAGAGCGACGGGAAGAACGCGCUGUACCAGUCGUGCCACGAGGACGAGAACGACGUCCAGACCAUCUCCCACAAAUGCCAGGUCGUGGGGCGAGACCAGUACGAGCAGAUGGCCAGGAGCAAGAAACACCAGGACCGCCAAGAGCUCUACUACCUGGCGGGCACCUACGACCCCACCACGGGGCGACUGGUCACCGCCGACGGGGUGCCCAUCCUCUGCUGAACCCCCGCCCGGGCACGUGGUCCGAACCUCGGCCCUCCCCGGUCCCCCCAGUCAGUGAAAACUUGAAAACCCCGUUCCGUUCUCCGCUCAAAGGACUCGUGCCCUUCCCAGCAGCCCGCGAGAGGUUGGCACGACGGAAUCCGGCCAGGGCAGAGCCCGCGAGACGGGCAUAGGGCCCCGUCUCGCCCAGGAGCCCCUUCCCCUUUCCCCCCUUCCCCGGUCAGGACCUUCUCCACAGGUGAGGCGGAGUCUGAGUAAAUAUGCAAAAACCCAUCACAGCAAGAUUCAGGCUUUUUUUCGUUCGUCCGGAUGUCUGUUCGGUUGGGUUUUUCUUUGGUGUGCGUGCGUUUGUUUGUUUGUUUGAAUUUUCCCUGGAAAGAGAGAUCUCUUUGGCUUCAGAACCCAGCACCCCCAUCUCCCAACCCAAACCCCAUUUCGUGCUCAUCUCCUCCCUCCUCCCCUGGAUCGCCAGUUCUUUGAGAGAUUAGAAUUCAAGCCAUAUUUUCCUAGUACCUCUGACUGUCUCCCACCAGGGAAACCAGAAAUCAGGUGUAUUGUCUAUUUAUUUCUUCGUGUAAAUAUUGUAUUUCUUCGGGGAAGUUUUAUGGAAAAAAAAACAAAUGGAAAAAAAGGGGUUUUUUUGGUUUGUUUUUGUUUUGUUACUGCAAGCGUGUGUGAGGCGGGAGGGAUUAGGGGUUUGGGGGUGGGCUGGGUUUUUUUUUUUUCCUUUGAAAAUGCACUGUUUUCCUCAGCCUAGCUGGGAUCCAGGACUGGGUAUUUCUGUAAAAAAAAAAAAAAAAAAAAAAAACCGAAAAAAAAAUCAAAAAACAGCACUUGGGUCAGUGGGAGAGGGGGCCGGUGAAGUGUUCUUAAAACCUCCUUCUGGAACUGGGUAGAAAACGGGAAAGCACAUGAGGGUCCCCUUCCUUUUCUCUGUCUCCGUCGCAUGAGGGUUUCAUU